UUCGGGUUUAUCGCGAAUCGUGACAGCGAAGAAGGCGCCUUCUCCUCGCACAUACUCUACACUGAGAACGUCUAAUCAUUUAUUAGUAUGCCAUUGAUGUUGUGACGUGUUAUAUAUAUUUUUUUAGACAAUAUAUUCGGCGAGACGCGUGCGCUGCAAAAAAUACGGCAAAUAUCGCAGUAAGAAAACAUGAUGCAGGAUGAAGACUUGGGUGGUUCUGGAAGACGGAAUGUUGUCAGUCAAGGAAUAACAAGAAUAUCGCAGAUAUAUCAAAGAUACUUAGAUCUAUGGACACCCCAUGUAAUAUCAAGAUGGUUAUUUGCCCUAUUUCUAUUAGUACUUUUUAUUCUACGUGUAUUUAUCUCUCAAGGAUGGUAUAUCGUUACAUAUGCAUUAGGAAUUUAUCACCUCAAUUUAUUCAUAGCAUUCCUUACUCCAAAAAUUGAUCCUGCCAUGGAUUUUGAUGAUGGAGAUGGCCCAGAGUUACCUACAAGAUCGAAUGAGGAAUUUAGGCCAUUUAUCAGAAGAUUACCUGAAUUUAAAUUUUGGUACUCAGUAACAAAGUCUACAGUUGUUGCCAUGAUAUGUACGCUAUUUGAUUGCUUUAACAUCCCAGUAUUCUGGCCGAUACUUGUUAUGUAUUUCAUAACGUUAUUCUGUAUUACAAUGAAGCGGCAAAUAAAGCACAUGAUUAAAUAUAGAUACUUGCCUUUCACUCAUGGCAAACCAAAAUAUCAGAAUCAUGAAGAUACCUCACGGUUAACAGCGUCAAAAUGAAUAGAAUAAAAAUGUUUUGUGCCUGUGCAGGCGCGUGAGCGUGUAGAUUUCAAUUUCUUCUAGUACAGCGCAAGGAAUAUUAAUAAGAAAAGAGAAAGAACUGCAAAAGGAAAGUUCUUUUUAACGCUAUUAAAGAGGAAGGAUAUUGCCUUGUACGAAAAAUCGAGGAAGCGCAUAACUCUUGAUUAUAUAAUACACGGUAUAAUAAUUGAAUUAAUUAUAUCUUAAUAUAUUUGUAUAAUAAAACUUGUACAAAGUAUUGUUAGCUCUUAUCUCAUUAAAAAACAAAAACGACAGAAAAAGCAUAGCAAUUAAUAUUGAAUGCAGUUGUCAAUGUAAUACACUGUGAAUGAAUGUAAAAUUCUUAUACAUAUAAGAUUUUAAUUUAUAUUUAAAUCGUUUCUAACUUGUUUUCUAACUUCAGGGAGUAUCGUUUCCUGACGUGUACACAUUCCAAGUGAUUUUUUUAUAUCUUUAAGAUAAGCAGCUUUUUUUCUCAAGUUUUGUUUAGAUAUCUAAUCUGUAUUGUCAUCUUAGUUGAGAAGCAUUAGAACACAAAAUAUCCUGCCGUCCAUUUCAAAGUUAAUAUUGCAUCAUGAAGGAGAAUUGAAAUCAUAAAAUGCAAAAUGUAAGUUUAAUUUUUUACUCUCAUAAAUUAACUAAUUUUAA